AUGGCAAUAACGAAUUUGAACUUAAUUUCUCCAUUGGGUAUCUUUACAUGGAUCAUUAUCGGAAGUAUAUCCAUGCUUGCCAUAUUAGGAAAUGGAUUUAUCAUAGUUGUGAGUGGGAAUCGAUGGCUCCAAACCAGGAAGGUUGCCCCUUCUGAUUUUCUCUUGACUAGUUUGAGCAUCUUCAGAAUUUUUUUGCAUGUAACUGUUGGACUUAACUAUGUUUUGGAAGUUAGAAUUGGUGACACCUUUAUUGAUCCUUUUGCAUGGGAAGUUAUCGGUUUUGUCUGGGUUUUUUCUAGCAUGGCCAGCCUCUGGUGUGCUUCAUGGCUUAGUGUGUUCUAUUGUGUGAAGGUCACCAACUUUGCCAACCGCUUUUUACUCUGGCUGAAGCCAAGGAUCAAUGUGCUCUCCAUUAGGCUGCUUGGAGUAUCAAUAAGCAGUCUUGUGGUCAUGUCCGUUCCCUUCUUCAGGAGUUACAUUGAACAAAAAAAGCAGUGCAAUCUGACAGUGAACAUCACCCAAAGAAAGGACUGCCAAGCCUUAUUAUUUAUUUUUCGUCGUUUUCAUUUAAUUGUUGCUUCCAUGAAUUUCAUCAUCAGCAUAACUGCAACCAUUCUUUUGCUCAUCUCUCUGUGGAAACACACAAGGAAUCUGAAAAAGAGUGGUAUUGGUGCAAAAGACCUAAAUGCUCAGAUCCAUAUUAAUGUCAUGAAGCCUUUGGUGUUUUAUAUUUUCUUCUACCUUUUAUAUUUUGCUGGAAUGCUAAAUUUUGCAAGUGGUUAUGUGUCCAUUGCUGAUCCUAAUGAGCUUUUGUCUGCUGUCCUUCUUACUAUAUUUCCUUCAGCACACACCAUAAUAUUAGUUUUGAGCAAUCCAAAACUGAAAGCCCUGUUAGUUCGCACUCUAAAUAUAAGACAAAAAGCUUAG